ACAUACACACAAAACAAAAGCCAAACUUGUGGUUCAAUAACAAUUGUUAAAACCAGUAAAAAAAUUGGUGUUUAAAUGUAAAUUCGUAAUUUUAAUAAAAUCGUAGUAGCACUUAAAGCAGUCAGGAAUUUACCGUGUACAAUUAAAAAAAAACCAUCUUCAUGGAUGUGAUUUUGUGUGAAUUGAAAAGAUGCUAUGUUCAAUGGCAUCCAAAUGAUUGAUAAAAUGCCAUUUGCUACAUUUUGACCUUUUGUUCCCUUGAUUAUUUUCCUCGUCGUCCAAAUUAUUAUAUUACUUUUUCAUAUGGCUGCAUCUAAGGUUAUGUAUUCAGAAGGUUAUAAGUAUUGGUGGGCUUACAAGAAAAAUAAUACGAUUUACUAUCGAUGUUCGCGUUAUAAAACAUCAUGUCCGGGCCGAUGUGCACGUGCUGUGGAAGACACAAGGAUUCGAAUUUGUCGUGAGCACAACCAUGAACCCGAACCAGAUCGUAUUCUUGUGGAUAAAUUUCGAAAAGUGUUAACCCAUCGUGCGGCUACCGAAACAAAAGAAUUGCCAACAAUUUACUGGGAGGAAGCAAGUCAACGACAUUCCGAUGCCGCUCUACUUUAUACAUUCAGUGCGGCCGAGUCGGCAAUGCGAAAAGCACGACGUUACAAACAAUUACCACAAGCACCGCAUAGUGUUCAAGAUUUUGACAAUAUCUUGAGUAAUACGAAUAUAUUUCGCAUACACAGUGGAUCACGACGGGAUCCAUUUUAUCAAACAACUCUUACACUCAACGAUGACAGUGUGUGCGUCAUUUUUAUGCAUAUGAAAACCAUCGAAACGAUUGGCCACAUCGAAGAGAUUCACAUCAAUGAUUCCAUGAACACUGAUCCAGACAUUCAGCUCACACAUCACUUGCUCAUCGUUCAUGCGGUGAAAAAUUAUUACCAUAUUCCAAUUUUGUAUGCAAUAUCAGCGAUUAAAACACAAGCAAUUUAUGCAGUUAUCUUUGCUUAUAUUCGAGAGAAUCUAUCGGCAUAUAUAACACCAAAUACAAUUAUGAGUGAUUUUGAUCCAGAAACCCAGCUGGCACUUGCAUACACAUUUCCGGAUGCUUCAAUAAAAGGUUUCUGGUUUUAUUACACCGAUGCCAUUUUAAAGUAUAUGAAAUGCAUACGAUUGCAUUGGGACAAAAGUCGAAGUAAUACAUCAAGUUGUUUGCGAAUGUUAAUGGUGCUACCAUUAUUACCAGCUGAAUAUAUGGCUCCCGGUUUACAAGCGAUUCGAAAAUGGGCACAAGAAAAAUCGGCAAUGAAUCAAUCGAUUGAAAAAUUAUGCACAUUCAUCGAACACGAUUGGUUGCGGUCGGUUGGUGCUGAUAAAAUGUCGAUAUUUGGUUUACCGCACGGUGUCUAUAAUUAUGUACAACAUUUCAACAAUGAAUUUCGACGAUCAUUGCUCAGUUCACAGCAACAACAAUCGAUUUGGCAUAUCUUGGAAUGUAUAACUCAUUUGGCAACGAGAACGUAUAUGAAAUGUAAUAAACAGAAAAAUGUGAAUAUAAAAACGCCGAAUAAACAUCAGAAGAUGCUCGAGACUAUUAUUAAAAAUGCAACACAAAUGUGGUGCGCCGAUCCAAUUCAUUUACGAAAUCCAUUACAAUUUCUUCAGUUGAGCAGCCAUUGCAUUAACGAUGCCUAUAUGGAAGCAUCUCAAGUGCAUUUUACAACAUUUUCGGAAAAAUCGCAUACAGAUGACCGACAUUUUAGUGUGAUAAAAUCGAACUCGAAUCGAAAAAAUAAAUCGACCCCGAUAAAAGAUACGCAAAAGAAUUACAUAGGCGAUGAAUCCGAAUAUACGAGCACUGAAAUAAUUGGUGAUGCUCAGUCAGAACAAAUUUUAUCAAGAUCAUCUACGGUGGAAAUUGUUAACAGAAGUGAACCACCACCGUUGGCAUUUUUCCCGAAAAGUCGAGGCACUGCACAUAAACCAAUCAUAUUUUCAGCAACUGAACCACCACCACUUGUUCCUAUUGCACGCAAUUUUGCAUGAAAUGAUAAACAAUAAAAAGAAUUUAUCUCAUCGAUUUUUGAAGUACAAAUUCAUUUGAAAUACUCAAUUCGAUGUGAAAAUUCAUCAGGUAUUUUAAGUAAUUGUUUC